AUGGCAUAUGAUGCUCCCAAGCAAUAUUCUCCAACACUAUCAGUCUUCAAACGCCUGCAGCUCGCAAUCAAGCUACAUUGGUACAAAUUCAUCACCUCAGUUUUUAUCAAAGUUCUACAUUUGCCUGGUAUACGGGAUAAUUCGACACUUCCUACUUUCACAAAAGUUUACCCCUGCCAACCAACUCUGACAAACCGUGUGUUCGUCCCGAAAUCGUGGAAAAGUGGAGAUGCGCUCCUUCCUCUUUACAUUGAUAUCCACGGUGGUGGAUUCGCACUUAUGAGCCCAACUUCAGAUGACAAGUUCUGUUCCUAUUUCUCCAAUACCAACAAGAUUCUCGUCAUCAGCUUGGAUUAUCCCAAAAGCCCUCAGUACCAAUUCCCGGUUCCGGUUGAGGCAGUGGUAGAUCUCGUCAACGCGGUUCUGCAAGAUGAAGCUCUGCCUUUCGAUAAGAACAAAGUCGCCAUUGGAGGCUUCAGCGCUGGAGCCAAUCUCACACUUGCCGUGAGCCAACAUGAGAGUCUCCAAGGCAAGAUCAAAGGUGCUGUUCCUUAUUACCCGCCCGUGGAUUUCACAACGCCGAUUGCAAUCAGUAUGGCAUCGAGGCCUGAAGAUGCUGGACCGGACAUGAUCGAAGCAGGCGCUCCUAUGUUUAAUUUCGGAUACAUUCCACCGGGGCAAGACCUAAGGGAUCCGUUGCUCAGUGUUGCCUAUGCGCCACGAGAGAGACUGCCUCCUAAGCUCUACAUCAUCGGAUGUGCACAUGAUCUUUUGUGCAGAGACGCGGAGAUCAUGGCUAAGAAGUUCGCAAAUGUUGAGGACACCGCCGAUACUACUUGGGAGAAGAAUUGUGUGAAGUGGGAGAAGAUUCUCGGCGAAAUUCAUGCAUUCGAUGUCUACCCGUCCUUUGGAGCCGUCAAGAUUAGACGGGAUAAGAGGAGGUUGGAAAUGCAUGAGAGUGUCGCUGAAUGGCUGUUCCGUGAGGUGUAUUCUUGA